CUUAUAUAUACUUUAAAACAGGGCCGCAGCAGUUUGUGAGUGAGGAAGAAGAAUGUUUCUGUCUCUGCCUACUCUGACUGUGCUUAUUCCACUGAUCUCCUUAGCAGGACUGUUCUACUCAGCCUCUGUGGAGGAAGACUUCCCACAGGGCUGCACAAGUACAGCCAGCCUUUGCUUUUACAGUCUGCUCUUGCCCAUCACCAUAACAGUGUAUGUGUUCUUCCACCUCUGGACCUGGAUGGGUAUUAAGCUCUUCAGGCAUAAUUAAUACUGUAUUAAGUCCUAAGCACUUGGUGUUUGAAAGCUCAGCGAGGUGGAAUACUGGAGACCUAUUUAGUUUGGAGGAAAGUUGCUUUGCCUUGCUUAACUCAGUUUUAGGACUAAAAGGCUAAAGAUGCAGAAGCUUUGAUUGUACUUCUAGUUCUGCCCUUGUUUUUUGAAGAUUCUGACUGCUGUAUCAGAAACAAUAAAAUGUGAUGGAGAUUAACUCCUCUAAUCAUCAUCUGAGUGAUUUUGUUAGUCCAUUCAUCUAAGUUAAGUUAUUGGUAAUUCUGUUUAGCUUCAAAGUCAAUGGGAAAGUCAUAUGUUAGAGAUGAUUCAAUCUCAAAGAAUAGUUCUAGAAAACAAUAUAUAUCAGAAUAGUUCUAGAGAAGUGCAUUUAAACUAGUGUUAUAAUAAAAUGUCAUAAACUUAUAAAAAUUCUGAGUUUGCAAAAGUUUGGCGUUAAAUGCUUCCAUUAAUAAGAUAACAGUUUUCCAUAAAAAACCUAGUUUGCAAGUUUUCUUCUGUUCUGUCACAGGAAUAUGGUACGGAGGGAGGAAAAUAUAAAUAAGAAAAAUGUAGAGGCUAGGGCUGAUGGUGAUGGCACAGUUGUAGGAGCUUGCCUAGUAUUUUUACAAGGCUUAGCUUGGGUUGACCCCUUGCAUCGAAAAAAAAAAAAAAUGUGUACAGAGCACUCAGAGUCAGUUCUAGGGAAAGUAGCAUGUUAGACAGGUAUGGGUAGGUAGGGAUAGGAAAACUUGCUUGAAGCUGAUUAUGGUCCUAUUGAGCAUAGAGCCGUGUUACGAAGCAUAUUCAAGUUUUAGCUGCCGUAGAUCUAUCAAGCACUAAUGAAGGUUUGAGCCUUGGUUUUUCUGUAACUUUGAACUGAUUGAGCAUAGUAUAAAACCAGUCUUUUGUUUGCUUUUUUGAGACAAGAUCUUACUAUGUAGUUCAGGCUGACCU